AUGAAAUCGAGCGCAGAAGAGGAUGAAAGCGAGCAGGAGGAGCUGAAAUUACCUCCCAAUUUCACGUUAGCCAAGGAUGAGCUGCCUGCCAUUGAAAAGGAUGAAGAAUUCGAAGAAAAGAUCAAAAAUUUGGACAUUUCACAAGUCAUCAACUGGUCCAAUCUGUUACCAACUAUUCUUUCCAAGCAAGGAAGAUGUACACAGUACUGGACGGACGAGGAAAAAGAAAAGCCAGACUUUGAAGAGAUGAAAAAAACGGUAGAACGAAUUCCCAAACCUCUCUCAAGCAUUUCUGAAGAAAAUUGGACCGUGCGCACGUGUGGUAUGCUUGUCGACAAUGAAGUGGUGGCUUUGUCAAGCAGGAUAUGGCAAGGAGCUCAUUGUGUGGGCUAUAAGAGGUAUGCGAAAGACAUGGUAUUUGCUAAUAUUUACAUUGGAUAUGGAAUCAAAACAGGCGGAGAAGUAUUUACACCUCAAUUCAUUUUGCCUGUACAGGAUGAAUAUCAUCAAAUUGUUCUCACCCAGCAAACCGAUCCAAGCAUUGAAGACAUGAAACGAUUUAUACCUCAAAAGAAAGAAGCAAAUGACCAGGAGAAUGAAGACCAAGCAGAUGAAUAA